UCCGGAAAUAUUAGCUCCUGACUUGGCACAUAAGAUGCUUCAAGCUGAUGUAUGGAAGCCUGUGGAUUCUAUUUCUGCGGCCAAGAUUAUGGAAGAUCUGCCGUCUACUGCAGAUAAUGGCUCUAAAGGUUCUAAUGUUAGUCAGUGGCAUUAUUGUGAUGAUAGAAAGCGCGCUGAUAUCAUCGAGAAAAUUCGCUCAUGCCUGCAAAUGUUUACGCAAAUAAAUUGUCUUGCUUCUAGCCAUCUCACUAUGCUGCUGGACAUGACAAUGGACAUGCUGCAAAAUCGCAUCCCAAGAUCGAUUCUCGAGGAUCAUGGACUGCACCAGACACUCCGUUCGAUAUGCUUAUUGGAAGUGCCGGAGCUUGAACACGUUCUUGAUUUCUUGGAAGAUCUGGCUGGUGCUUGCUCAUUGCGUUCUCUUUGUGAGCGUUUGUCGAUAGAAGAAUCGGUAGGUUAUCAGGGACCUUGCUUUAAAGAGAGGAUUGUUUUCAGCAGCGACUUCUCUUGCCUCCAUUUGGAUGAGCGAUCGCUGCUGCGAGGACAGAUUGAUGCGCCGGAUGAUGGGAUUGAUGCGCCGGAUGAUGGGAUUGCAGUGGCGUCAACUAUUGCGGAGGAUUGUGGUAAUGAUGAGGCAGAGCUGUCUGCAGAUAGUGACGCUAUUGUUUAUGAAUUAUGUGUUGCAGUUCCUAAAAUUGGGGAGCAGUGGAAGGAAUGGACAAGUAUGAGAGAAACCACCAGAAAUAUGGGAAAGGGUUUGGUGAAGAUCCUUCAGAUGGAAUUUACACGUGAGCAGUUAAUGUUAGCCAGAAAACUCAGGAUUUUGAGAUACGAGGACACAUUGCUGAGUGUUGAGAGAAUAUGUGUCGAGGAAAAUAAGAAAAGGGAACUAAUUCCAGAUUACGACCCACAGAGUUUUGAGUCUCUAUUGUCGAAGCGGAAGGAGGAGCUUGAGAUGGAGGGCGAUGCUGCGAUAGAUAGCACAAGCAAUGAGAUAGAUAUCAUACUUAGUAUUCUGGAAGAAGCACAAGCAGACACUGACAUAAACAAAGCAAUCCAGAAGCAGAGGGAACAUAUAUCUCGAGAGGUUUACAAACUCGAUGCCAUAAUCCUGACAACUAAAUUCGCCGUAGGGCAGACGGGGAAGAGACUUUGGAGCGUAUUAGUUCAUGACUAUCGGUUCAUUAUCGUUCCCCUGUUGAAGUCAUUUGUGCAGGCACGCCUACAUGAUAUGGUUGACAAAGAUGCUGCAGAGAAGUCUAGUACUGCAGCAGAAGCUCUGUUAGCAGAGCUUGCCGUCGAUGCCAAGAAAAACACUGAUAAAGGAGGUGUUAGUUCGAAAAAAGGAGACGGAAAGUCAAAGCGUAAAAAGAAGGGAAAAUAUCACAGCAAGGCCAAAAAUUCUGAGGGAACUGGUGGUAGUAAGGAGCGGCAUCCCUUUAAUCCCAAAAAUGUGGAACAAUACGACAUUCCCAUAAGCCCGGAUGAAUUGGAGCAACGGGAACAGGAAGAUGUUGGUCCAAGUAAGCAGGAACAGGAAGAGGAACUUCAGCGUGAGGCUAUGGAGGUGCAAAGAAAGCUCGAGGAAGUUUUGGAGUUUCAGAAGAAAUUCGAGGAUGAGGCUAAACAAAAGCGCCAAGCUGAAAAAGCAAAGAUCGUGGGGGGAACCAGUGCUGAAAAUGUUGCGGAGGAUGUGCAUGUUGUCUUCUCCAAACUUAGCGAAGAUGUUGGUCCAAGGGAGCAGGGGCAUGAAGAGGAACUUCAGCGUGAGGCUAUGGAGGUGCACAGAAAGCUCGAGGAAGUUUCGGAGUUUCAGAGGAAAUUCGAGGAUGAGGCUAAACAAAAACGCCUAGCUGAAAAAGCAAAGAUCGUGGGGGGAACCAGUGCUGAAAAUGUUGCGGAGGAUGUGCAUGUUGUCUUCUCCAAACUUAUCGAAGAUGUUGCUCCAAGGGAGCUGGGGCAUGAAGAGGAACUUCACCAUGAGGAUGAGGAGGUACAAAGAAAGAUUGAUGCAGCUUUGGAGUUUCAGACGAAAUUAGAGGACGAGGGUAAAGAAAAGCGCCUAGCUGAAAAAGCAAAAAUUAUGGAAAAUGUUGCAGAGGAUGUACCUGUUAUCUCCUCUGAACCUGGUGAAAAUGUUGAUCCAAGUGAGCUGGAACACGAAGAAAAAUUUCAGCUCGAGGAUGAGGAGGUGCAAAGAAAGGUUGAUAAAGCAUUGGAGAUUUAUUUGAAAUUUGAGGAAGAGGUUAAAAUAGAGCUCCUUGCUGGAAAAGCAAAGAUUGAGGAAAAUGUUGUAGAGGAGGUGCCUCUACUCUCCUCUGAACCUGGUGAAGGUGUUGGUCCAAGUGAGCAGGAACAGGAAUGGGAACUUCAGCGUGGGGAUGAGGAGCUGCAAAGAAAGCUUGAUGAAGCUUUGGAGUUUUAUUUUAAAUUUGAGGAUGAUGCUCGACGAAAGUACCUUGCUGAAAAAGCAAAAAUUAUUGAAAAUGUUGCAGAGGAUGUGCCUGUAAUUUCCUAUGAACCUGGUGGUGAAGGUGUUAAACUUGAUCCACGUGAGCAGGAACAGGAAGGGGAACUUCAGCAUGGGGAUGAGGAGGUGCAAAGAAAGGUUGAUGAAAUAAAUUUUGAGGAUGAGGCUGAACGAAAGCACCUUGCUGGAAAAGCAAAGAUUAUGGAAAAUGUUGCAAAUGAUGUGCCUGUAAUCUCCUCUGAACCUGGUGAAGAUGUUGGUCCAAGUAAGCAGGAACGGGAAGAGGAACAUCAGCUGGAGGAUGAGGUGCAAAGAGAGCUUGAUGAAACUUUGGAGUUGCAGAGCCAAAUUGAUAACGAGGCUGAACACAAACUUGAUGAGCAAGAUAAGAAUGUAGGUGGACCCAGUGAGAAGAAUGUGGGAAGGUGGUUUUGCUGCUGUCUCCAGUGAACCUAAAGAAGAUGUUUGUUCUAUUAAACAGCAAUAGCAGGAACAAGUGGGUAGCAUCCAUUUUGGUAGUCUUGAGUAGUGGACAAAGUUUUCACAGGCUGAGCAGUAGUGAUCGGGUUAAGAAAUAAGUAAAUGAACUUGGAGAACUGCAGCACUUGAAGCACAUGAAGCUGACUAGCAUAGAUAGCUAGAAAUAGCCUAUUGUACUUCUUAUGGGUAAAAAAAAAUUCCAACUAAACUUUCACUUGUAAAGAAUUAAAGCAUAGAUGUAUACUUCUCAAACAUGACAGUUUCUCUGGACCCAUUUCACUUGCAUAUGGCUUCAUUUUGCCACUACUGUGCAUAGGAAAGGGGGCCUCAUGGGUUCAAUACUGUAUAGGCAGAGAAAAUGAGAGUAAUAAUAAUAAAAGGGAAAGGUUUGUUCUGGUUUUUGAGAAUUUC